CGUGCGCGAGGAGCUUGCGUAGCCGCGGAGGAGGAAAUCGUUAUCAUCAGCGAUAACGGAGCUCGCUCGGUACGCCGCGGCGCGUAUACGUAUACGUGCGCGCAAAACAGCGGCGAUAAUCGCCGGACGUGCGCGAACGCGAAACGCGCGGGGAAAUCAGCGGCAUCGACGCGUCCCUGAAGUUGUCGCCGGAACGCGGCGAUUGCUGAGUCACAUUUCGCGAACGAUCUCUCCCGGCGUGGUGUGCGCGCGCGAUGCUCGCCGCUCGCUCGUUUCUCCGCGUAACUCGCCGCCAGCUCUGUGUCCGUGUGUCGUCGUCGUCGUCGUCGUCGUCGUCGUCGGCGGCGGCGGGCAAAAGUGUCGUUCUCGUGCAACGGUAAAAGUGUCGUCUCAUCGCGCGCGCUCGCUCGCUCGAACGUCGCGGCGUAGGAGAGCGAGACAUCACGCGGGCAUAACGCUCGUCGCGUCGCCCGCUCGCGGACGCGCGAACCCGUCCCGGGUUUCGAAUCGCAACGUACGACCGCUCCGCCGCGUCGUCGUGCCUUUUGCGCGGCCGCGGCGUGUUGCUUAUGCGUAUACACUAUACGUGUCGCUUGCGGGUGUAUGCGUGUAAACACGCUGACGGAUCUGUCAGCUCUCGCUCUCGAAGUCUCGUUCGCAGCUGAUCUGCGCGUGGAUCAUCGUCAUCGCUCGGAGCGCUGCUUCUCGCGCUGUCAUCCGCGUGUUGCUACAAUAUAGUAAACGGCGAGGAGGAAGAGGAGGAGGAGGAGAAGGAAGGAGGUGGUGGUGCGGAGCGGAGCGUCGACCGUCUGUCGGAGGAGUGUCCGUGAGAGGCAUGCGUGUGGCAGGCGGGCACGGAUCAGUGGCUCGUGCGCGGUUUUGAGGUUAUUUCGGGCCCCGUGUAACUGACCUAUACCGGGAGGCGGCUGGCGGAGCCGCGGAUCUCCUUUAUUUCGACUCCGGCGCUCCGGGCGACCGGCCGACAGUCCCUCUACACGAGAGGACCGUCGUGUCCUUUGCGAGAAAUCGUAGCCUGCGGUAGUGUGUAUCUCGACUCGCCUGUGUACUCUAACCUCCAAAAGGCGGAGCACGCGACUCUCGCGCGCGAUGCGCCUCGACGCGUGAACACGUCGGGGCACCUCCGUCACUGUUUUCCUUCGGGAGGACAGGAAUUUUUGUUUACGUGUUUACAAUCGCCUACGCGUUGUGCGCGCGCGAUGUUAGUGGACGUCCCGCGGGAUCGUGUCGCCUCCUCAUGACGCCGAGUUGGCCGUUUGCGCUCAAUUUAAGAGAUAGUGAGCCAGUCUGACAACACGCGUGUAACAUCUACAGUACUUUGCUCUCUUGUGCGGGAUUUCAUUCGGGAGAAGCGGCGAAAUGUUGUGCAUAAAGAAACUGUACGGGGAGGAGCUGCUGCAGCUCGCGCUGCUACUCUCCUUACUGCGCGAUCCGGACUCCUAUCUGAGCUUGGACAUCCAGACCGUCGCCCUGGGAUCUCUGGAUCUCAACAAUGGAUCCGGAUGGCAUACGGACCACACGAUCGUCCAUCGUCCGAUGUUUAUCCAUCCAAAGAAUCCGGACUCCAUGCUUCUCAAUUACCAGAGGGAUCUAUUCGAAGAGCUCAACUCGCUGGGCAGAUACAACAGAAUGAAUUCCGGCCUUAAUUCCAUACACGCCUAUCUGCUGAAUGUCGAGGAGUCCAGUGAUGUAGACGCGACAGUGGCAGGACCCAGUGUGCCGGUCUCCACAAACACCACUAGGAACAUGACAUCUCCUGAGCCACCUACCUCUACCCCGAGCCCUGCAGAACCAGUUGGAGCAGCAGAGCUCACUCAAGAGGAUAUGGACCUCAUAGAGGUUCUUUGGAAGCAAGAUGUGGAUCUGGGAUUCACGCCGGUGGAACCGGCUACGACACCGACCAAAAAGCCGUCUACAUCGGAAAAAGAAUCAGCGGAUGAAAUCGAGAAGCUGAAAGCUUUGGAAGCUAUUAACGCUACUUAUCAGAAGGACGAUGCCAAAGAGUCCGAGCCACAGGAAGAUGAUCCAUGGGCAGGACUUCCCUACACCGUAGAUCUUGAAACUGGCGAGUACAUUCUCAGCUCCGGCAGUCAGAACGGAAGUGGAAGUAGCAUCGUCGAAGAGGACAACCCUCUCCUCAACGAAGCAUCGUUGGCUUUGGACAAUCACCCUUUGGCUGACUUGACCGCUGAUUCUCUGGGUCUAAACGACGCUCUAGUACUCGAGCAUGACUUUACUUCAGAAUUACUCGGAGGUAGUCUCUUGGAAAGCGCCGGCGUAGAAGGCCUUCUCAGCAACGAUACUCUAGACUUGCCCGACGAAUUUAAUCUCGAGGAGGCGCUUCAGCUCGUUGGUCUCGAUGAGGCUCAGCCAGAGGAAACGAAACCGGAAGUGAAAAAGAAGAAGAAAGAAGAUACUGCUGAAGAUUCCGCAAGUGCAGAGGGCGACGCGGCCAUUACCGCCUCGAGUAACACCGAGGUCGCGAAGUCAUCCAAGUGCGAGGAUCCCGAGACCGGCGACAUGAUUCACACACCGCAGUUUCAUCAUCCCCAUCAUCCACACCACCGCUCCUUCCAGGGUCGCAUGCCAUUCAUGCGAGCGGUGAGCAUGGAACAGCGGUGGCAAGAUCUCGCAUCUCUUUUAUCCCUGCCGGGAGGACCGGAUCAUUUCGCACAUCCCGCGCAUCCUGGAUAUCCAGGACACGGCAUAAGUCACAGUCAUUACGAGGCGCAACGUAAUGUAUUGCUUCAUAAUCCUACCUUAGCGCCUCCGGUGGGGGAUCUCAAUUCAACAGGACCUUACCACAAUGUGGCUGUGGCAACAUCGAUGAAUUUAACAAACAGUAGCGAACCAAUGGGUGCAGAGAGCGGUGCGAGUUACAAGUCUGAACCUAACGAUAUGAUGUAUUAUCAUACACCGACGACAGAUUCCAUCAACCAAACUACUGAUGGAUUUCUUUCAUCCCUACUCAAUGACGAGGAUUUGCAUCUAAUGGACAUGGCCAUGAACGACGGCAUGUACACCAUGCGCAUGUUGGAUAAUGGCAACAAUGCAUCCGGACCCACUGGUGCAGCGGCCUUAUCGGGUGUCCAGACGACUGGCGGCGCAACUUCGACGGCUACAGGUGUUACGACUUUACCUGGUGUAGCCGAUGAGAGGAUGGAUGCUUCAAGUGAUAGUGCUGUCAGUAGUAUGGGCAGCGAGCGCGUCCCAUCUCUGUCGGACGGCGAAUGGAUGGAAACUGGAUCCAAUUCCAGCCACACUCAGGCCGACUCCCAUUAUACUAUGGAUUACGCGAACAAAUAUCGCAUGCCAUACGACUGCAGCUAUUCAGUCUCUGCGAGAACUGCCGGCUCGCCGAGAUGCCAAACAGAACGAGCGGUACCACCAGUUGCACAGAAGAAACAUCAAAUGUUCGCCAAGCGAUAUUUUCAAGAACAAGGCACUUGCUCACCUUUAGGGGCUACUGCACAUCCAACUACUCCCAUAAAAUACGACUACGAGACGCAUACAGUUGGUGCGGGUGCACCGGGAAAUACAUAUUCUGGACCAAUCGAAGGUGCGGCCGGGCCGCAAUCAGAAAUUAAAUAUAGUUGUAGCGUGGAUUUCAGUCGUCAUCAAUCCGGACGAUCUGUAAUAGAACAUGUUCAUCAUAAUCACACCUAUCAUUUACCUGCAGAAAGUUCAGGAUCUCUUCAACGUCCCGUUUCCCGUGACAAAAAAAUCCGUAAAAAUGAUGGAGAGGAACACCUAACGAGAGAUGAGAAGAGAGCUAGAGCAUUGAAUGUUCCGAUUUCAGUCAAUGACAUCAUCAACCUUCCUAUGGACGAGUUUAAUGAACGUCUCAGUAAAUAUGAUCUCAGUGAAGCCCAACUAUCUUUAAUACGUGAUAUUAGAAGACGGGGCAAAAACAAGGUUGCUGCACAAAAUUGCCGCAAACGCAAAUUGGAUCAAAUCAUAAGUCUAGCUGAUGAGGUAAAAGAGAUGCGAGAUCGUAAGAUGAGGCUUAUCCGCGAGCACGAGUAUAUGCUCAUGGAGAGACAGCGGGUGAAAGACAAAUUUAGUCAACUUUACCGUCAUGUUUUUCAGUCUUUGCGGGAUCCGGAUGGUAAUCAGUAUCAUCCGUACGAAUUCAGUCUUCAACAGUCUGCAGAUGGAAACGUUUUGUUAGUUCCAAGAAAUCAGACGAAUCCGCAUCAGUCACGACAGUCUUCGAUGGAGUCGAAAACCAAACCCGAUCCUGAGCACAAGGAAUGAACUAUUGAAGGAUCGGGAUAUGCCAAUGUGAUUGAUUAUUGAAAAACUUCUGUUUUUCUUGGGCAACGCACCCAAAGCGUAAUGAAAGCGCACAGUGCUGGGGAGUGAAUAUCGUACGCGUAUAAAUAUUAGAUUUAUUGCGUAUAAUUUGAAAAAAUAGUUCAUGGUCUUAGACUUGACAUACUUCGCACUGUGUCUGAAUAAACAACGAAAUUUGUCGAGAAAACCAGCUUUCGGAUCGCGAUUGUGCGAUUUCUGACAGAUGACUUUUUAACACAUUUAGAGAGAUUUUAGUAGGAAGAAACAUAGGAUUUAAUGGUCCUAAUGGUGGUUUUUGUGUGCAUGGGUGAUGCUAUAGUUUUCAGUUACUUUGAUUACCCGUAUUAAUACAUUUUCACUCUCAAAAGUCAUAACCUCAUGCAUUUUCUUUACAUUUUCAUAAAUCAAAGAUUUUUAUAUUACAGAAAGAACACAUCGCGGAUACCAUUGUAUUUGUUUGUAUAUAAUGUACUUUGUUGUGACUUUAAGAUCAAUAAUUAAUAAUAAAAUAAAACCGAUUAGCUUCAUAAAUUUCCUAUGCUUUAUUUAAGCUGUCGACAGAGAAUCUUAAAUAUGUUUUAAGAGUUUAUACUGGCCUUAUAGAGCGACACAUAAUAUUACUUGUGAAAAAAUAAUGGAAUGUGUUAUAAUAUACGAGUUUCUCUGUGAUUGCCUAAACAAAUCACGAUGUCUAUAGCGUUAAAAGAAAA